AUGGAUGUUAAAAAUGUACUGGAGAAGGUGGAAGAAAAGUUGAAUACUUUACAUGAAGAGCUAACAUGGCAAAGGUCUCAACGAUCAGUGUCCGAAGGAAUCCGUAGAAAUUGGUCUCUUCUCCCCCAUACGGUACCACAUUUCGUCAAUCGCGAAAAAGAAUGCCAAGAAAUUAAAGAUUACCUUUCUCCAAAGCACAAUUGCAGAUGUCUUCUCAUACAUGGUGCCACUGGCAUGGGGAAGACAACCGUGGCGAUGAAAGUGGCAAACGACAUACUGAAUUCUGACAGACAAACGGUGGUGAUCUACGUUAACUGUAGAGACAUUAAACUAUUCCAUGAUUUUGCGGCGAAAGUUCUUCAGCAAAUAUAUCACUAUCCUGUGGAUGAUCCAGUAGCUGAGCUGAAAAAUCGUUUGAAAAGCCAAGAUUUCUCCACUAUUUUGUUCCUGGAUAAUUUUGAGUUUCUGCUUCAUUUGGAUGACGGAACGCAGCCCACUGGAAAUGAACUGUCACGCCAGCAGAUGAACCCAUCUGAGGAAGGAUGGAAGAUAAAGAAUCUAAUCAAUGAAAUUUUAAUGGUUGCAGGAAAAGUCAAGCUUCUCCUCACCUCUUCAGAGAAAGUACCUUUUCCGGAAGCAGGUCAAGAAACGCUUCGUCUGUCGUCUUUUCGGCCAGAAGAAUCCGUUGAGCUUUUGAAAAAAGUGUGGAAGGAUAGGCAGAUCAACACAAUUCAAGCGCAUGACUUGUCAGAAAUUUGCAGCGGUAUACCCCUGGUCCUUUUCACCCUGGCCUCCUCCCACAGUAACCUGCUUAGUCUCUUGGAAGACAUGAAUUCUUCGGCUCAUGAAGAAUUCGAAUUUUUAGAAAAGAUUAUUCAAACAGUACAAGCGGAUAAAAAGAUCAAGGUUUGCAUCGAUCAUUGCUUUGGGAGGCUUGAUUUGAAAGAAAAGUGUGCCCUUAUUAGCUUUGCACUAUUCAGAAGGCGUUUUUGUCUAUCUGAAGCGGUGAACGUGUUUCAAUCAACGAAGAUGAGUGCGUCUGAGCUCAGAAAAUGUGGAUUGGAACUGUCCCGGCGAUCACUUUUAGAAGAACAUAUCAUCGGAGAUGGUUACUUCUAUACCCUCCUUGAAGUAAUCCGUGAUUAUUGUGAAACUAAGGCAAUGGAGCGGGAGUUUCGUGAAGUGAUCCUAGAUGCUCGAAGGAUGUUUAUCCGCCAUUUUUUAACCUUUCUGGAAGACACCUUCAAAAAGUUCUUGAGCCAGAACGUGUCAGAAGCACUUGCUGCUUUUCAGAUGGAUGAAGGGAAUGUCUUGCAGCUCGUUGAAUGGUGUAGCAAUAGUCAAAUGGACGAGCAACAAAGAAAAAGAUGCAUUGAUGUCUUCAACAAUGUGGCAGAGCUUCUGGCAAAGAUGAUGGGAAAGGAUAAAUUUAAAUAUACCUUUGAAUCUUUACAGAGAAGAUGCGAACAGAUGGCAGAUCAGAAAAGACUGAGCGAUUGCCUCACAUCCUUGGGGAUCGAAGAAGCAUUCAGAGGUUCCCGUCAUCCAACUGGUCUGCGCGCUGUAGCCGCUCAAAUAGCCAAAGCAUAUUUGACGGAAGCUGACCAAAUCCAGUGUAAUCUUAGAAUUAACACCGGUAACAGCCGAGCUCAGUGUCUUUCCAAACUUGCUCGAUGUCUCGCCAUAGAAUACAACUUCGAUGAGGCGAAAAAAAAAGUCCGACAGGCGAUCAAAAUUCGAUUGGAUCAAGGAGAGGAUGACAAAGUCAUGCUUGGUGCAACGUACAAUGAUAAGGCAGUAAUCCUUUCACUGGAAGAAGAUCAUCAGCUGGCAAUAGAGGUCCGAAAGCAGACCCUGCAAAUUUACAUGGAAAAACUGGGAGAGCAUCCGUUCACCGCAACCAUCCUCAACAGUCUGUCAAGCAAUUAUUGCGCCUUGGGCAAAUACAACGAUGCUGAACGAUGUUCGAGAGAAGCGUUGGAAAUCCGGCAAAAGCAACUGAGAAACCAUCGUGACACCGCCAAGUCGCUUUUUGACCUUGGAAUGAUUCAUAAAAUGAAGGAAGAAUUCAAGCAAGCCAGGAAUUACCUUGAAAGGUGCGAGGCCAUGCAAAAGAGAAUGUUGGAUGAGAACGACGACGACCUUACAAGUACCAGAAAGGAAUUGGAAGAUGUGAAGAGGCGACUAGCGGAACCCGAGGGACAAAAAACACUUUUAGCCUCUGAGGGGGACAAAUUGCCUGAUGCCAAAUCAAAAGUUGGAGAAGAGGAGGAGGAAGAAAUUGAAGUGGAGAUAUUAGAUAAAGAAGAUACUAAGACAAACCCUGCAGAUGCCAAAAAGACUGUGAUCAGGAGAGAAAGAAUAACAGACAAGGGAGACACAUGGAAUCUUCCAGAAGCAGGUGCAUUUAUCACUUUUUGCCCAGGAAUCAUGAAAGAACCCUUGUGGAUCUGUUGUUCCAUAUGGAAUCCUAGAUUCCUCUCUCCUCCCAUACACAGUAAUGAGCUCUUAGUGUCCAGUGUGAUUGAACUAUCUCAUGAUGGCCCACCAACGCUGGAUUCUAUGGAAGAUGCUACAGAAGGCAUAACAGUGGGUUUGUUGCACAGUUCCUCUGAUUUCAAGGGAUAUGAAGUGGUUAUUAAGAAACUGCUUGACCCAGAAAACAACGAGUGGUAUGAUUUGGAAACUAGAAUCUUUUGGGAUACAGCAGAGAUGCGGCCAGCCAUUUCCAAGUGGAUGUGCCCUUACGCUGAAGCUACCUCCACAAUAACCCGUUUUUCCUCUUUCGCCGUGAUUUGGCGCCUUAAGUCUUUUAGGUUUCCAAAGCCAAACUCCAUGACCCCUGAGUUCAUCUGUUCAGUGCCAAACUAUCCAAAUGUCAGCAUUGUAAUCCCUUGGAACUCUGUCCCUUACAGUCAAGACUUCUGCUUGACUCUGAAGAUUCAAGAACCGCCAAGCAUUGACCAUAAAAGUGAGGAAAUGUUAGUUGGUCCGAUUCUCCACAUAUCGUGCUCGCAUGAAGUGAAUCUUUUGGCGCCAGCGAAAAUAACACUAUCUCUUGAAUUUUUCAAGGGGAAAAGAGAAUUGGUGCACUCCGGUCAGUGGAGGGUAUUUCACUUUCAGCAGGAAUGGGAAGACAUCACAGAUCAGUUGGAGAUGUCCGUCUCCCUUACAGAUGGAAUGGUGACUUUCGAAGUGAAAGCUUUCUGCCGGUUUUUGCCUUUGAUAGCGGAUAAUCCUGCCGUUGUUAACGCUGGUGAUGUCUCUGAUCUGGACAGGAGAUCCAUGAGACAACGAGCUGGGUUUUUAGCUUGCAUUUGCCUUCAUGGCGAGAGGUUCUUGCUGAAAUUAUUCUGUUUUCCUUUGAAUUGGAAAUCCAAAGUGUAUGAGUAUAUUUCAAGCUACAAUGUGAUUUAUCAAGGUGAUGGAAACUCGAAGAAACCGCUAUUUAACGAGGACCAAAUGUUUGUGUCUCUUUUGGAAGGACUGAAGGUGCUCGGUGAAAAAAACAGUGAAGACCUCUCCUUAACGUUUUUCGGGGAUGGAGAAGACCAAAAAGCUGUGUACGUUACUAUCGAAGAUGAAAGGAACAUGUCAAUAAAAUUCUCGGAAUGGCUGAUCGCUGAAGAGAGGAGACUCCGUGAAUCGAUAUGCAAUUUUCCUAUAAUUCAAACAAGAUUGACUACGCAGGACUUGUCUCUCUCCUCUCAGUCCUUUCCACGGACAACUUCACCCAGGAAACCAGAAACGAUUGUAAGUUGGCGUCUUCAAAUAUUACUGGCAGGUCACAAAGCGAACGAGGAACUCGAGUUAAUCCAAGAGGGUCCCACUCAAUAUUGA